AUAAGCGAUUAAUUAGCAGCUGCGCAUUUCACAGUUUCAUAUCUUAUCGGAGAUCAACGGACGAGCUGUCAUACUUGGAACAACAUGAGGCCUUAUUUGUCGCUAGUAUUUCUGGCUGUGGUGGCAGUGGCCCAAUGCAAGAGGCCUCCUUGGUACAAGCCUUGCUGGAUAUACAUGUGUGGUCUAGACCUGACUGAUCCUGUAUGUACCUGGGACCCUCACCACGGAGCAAGGAUCUUCCGUAACGACUGCGAAAGAGCGAGACACAACUUCUGCUACAAUAGAAAUUAUGGUGUCGUUGAUACUGAAAACACAAUUGACGAGGACAUUAAACUGUGUAAAAAAUUGAAAAAUAUCGUCUCCAACGCAGACGACGAGACCUCCGUCAUACAGGAUGAGAAUGUAAGAGUUCACUUUCUAGAGGAUCCUAACUUUAAGAGAAAAUAUCAAGAAAAGAAAUACGAGAGACUAGAACAAGAAAGGCGAGCUAGAUACGACAAGAUGUUUGACCGGAGCUCUUCAGACAUUAGCUCCUUGGAAUAUAGACGUCACUAGAAACUGUUGUACCUUCAUUUACUGUUUUACCAACAUCUUUUAACCUCAGUACUCAGUGUUUAAAAAGGAUACACAUAGAAUUCAUGUAAGAGCUCACAAUUGUAUGUACUACAUCAUGGAACAAACGAUUAUUUAGUUUGGUCACUGUUACACAAGCAAUAAUUUAUAUGAUAUGCAGAUGAUAUACAUUUAUGAUAAACCCUCUAGACAUAAACAUGACCCUGUGCUUUCAGGACACCAGGGUAUUUAAUUACAAGUUGUUAUAAAUUAUUACUAGUAAAGGUAAUUCAAGUAACUUUAAUUUACCAUCCUUUGGUAUUAUAAAUUAUAAACGAUGGAUAUAAAUACCAGAGUUUCAAUCAGUGAGAGGAGUAUUGUACUUAACACGACCAAAAAUAUUUUGUUAAGUAGAAUAACUGGUCCAUGUACUAUAAAUAAAACCUUAAAGUCCUGUUUUCAUGAAA